AGCGGAGCCAGGGGCCAUGGCAGCGCCCGCGGACCCAAGGCGGCUGUGCCGGCUGGUGCAGGAAGGCCGGCUGUGUGCCCUGCGGGAGGAGCUGCGGGCUGCGGGGCGCGCCGGCUGCGCGGGGCCGGCCAGGGACACCCUUCUACAUUGCGCCGCGCGCCACGGCCGCCGGGAAAUCCUGGCCUAUCUGGUCGAGGCCUGGGACCUGGACAUCGAGGCUGCCAACCGAGACUACAAGCGGCCUCUGCACGAGGCUGCCUCCAUGGGCCACCGGGACUGCGUGCGGUAUCUGCUGGGCCGAGGGGCCGCGGUCGACUGCCUGAAGAAGGCCGACUGGACUCCUCUGAUGAUGGCUUGCACAAGGAGGAAUCUUGAGGUGGUCCAGGACCUCGUGGAGCAUGGCGCCAAUCCACUGCUGAAGAACAAAGAUGGCUGGAACAGUUUCCACAUUGCCAGCCGAGAAGGCGACCCUCUGAUCCUCCAGUACCUGCUCGCUGUUUGCCCAGCUGCCUGGAAGACAGAGAGCAAGAUUGGGAGAACCCCGCUGCACACGGCAGACAUUCAUAUACUCACUCAGCACUCACUGUACCAGGCACAGGGGCUACCACAGCAACAAGAUAAUGCGCUUUCCCCCCCAACCCAUGGAACUCACAGACGGGCAGGGAAGAUAGACGCUGCCCAUGUCGUAUCCCCCGGUUGCAAAACAGAAUGGAUUGGAGGGGGAGCAAGCGUGGGUGCUGUGAACGCAGUCCGGCAGCUGUUGCAGUUGAACAGGAGAGAUGGUGGUGGCUGGACCACGAUGCUGACUAUAGGGUGCCAGUAUGAACCGGACUGCAGAGACAAGUGUGGCCUCACACCCUUCACGGACGCCAUCCAGUGUGGACACAUCGACGUAGCCAGGCUGCUCCUCGAAAAACACAAGGCUUGUGUUUCUGCUGAGGACUCCCUGGGGGCCCAGGCCAUCCACCGGGCAGCAGUCACUGGGCAGAAUGAGGCCGUCCAAUUCUUGGUCUCUGAGCUUGGCAUCAAUGUAGAUGUGAGAGCAGCCUCCACCCACCUCACAGCACUUCACUACGCAGCUAAGGAAGGACACGUAAGCACAAUCCAGACACUCUUGUCCUUGGGUGCCGACAUCAACGCCAAGGACGAAAGAAAUCGAUCAGCUGCAGUUAACCGUUUCCUGUUGCUCCAGAGAUGUCUUCGUGUCCCUGCCUUUGGGUCUGAGGAUGGCCUGUUACGUGCAUCCCUACUUGCAGGUGGGACAGAAAGACCGGUCUGGGGCUGCCCUUCUCCCCUCAACACACACGUGAAGCAGCUUUUUCUUUGCAGUGACUGCACACAGGUGUGUUCCCACCCGAGCUGUGCCUCUGCCUUACACACUCGCCGUGAUGAUGGUCUGUUGGGUGAUGCUUGGUUCUCCAGUACACGGCUCUCCAUUGAAAACGCCCCUGUAGCGUGGACAGGGCUGCUGGAUGCUGCUGCCAAAGCUACUCGAGAGCCAGAGAGGGCAGUGAUGAUAGUAACAUUCAUUGUGGCAAAGAUAGUGGUGAUGAUAUAAUUACAACCUAUUACCGCAGUAGUAAUAUAUUGAGAAUGCUAAUGACAAUGGUGGUGAUCAUUAGUAUUAUUCUCUCACUUCCUAAUUAUAGGUACUUUUCUCACUUCCUUUGGGUGUUAAAAGUGGGGCCCGUCCCUGGCCACCAGAUCUAGAAUUUUGUUCCCUCCUUCAACAUUUUAUAUCUUCUUCCCUUAGUUCAUGUUUUCUCCAUAGCUUUUACCACUGUGGAAUAUACCAGCUGUCUUGAGUUAUUUAUUUUCUCUGUUGUCUGUCUCACCCACGAGAAUGUAAGCUCCUUGGCCAGGGUUUUUAUGUCUCUUGCUCACUCACUAUAUCUACAGGGCCCAGAACAAUGCCUGGCCCAUGGUAAGGUUGUAGAUCAUGAGAUAGCCAACGAGUGAACAAUAACUUCUGUUUCUUGAGCACUUGCUGUGUCCUGGAUGCUGUGCUGAGUGCCUUUCCUGGCCAGUCUCGCUCCAUCCCUGGCUCUUAAGAGGGGCAGCCCCUCCUAAUUAUCCUCCAUCUCAAGCAUCCUUUCUCAUCCCGACCUCCUUAGAGAAGAGCCUGUGCUUGGUUCCCGGUUCAUGGGUACUGCCGGCCUCUGCCACCUGGCUUCCUCACUGCUGCUUUUAGGUCACCGGGACCCAAUUGCCAAAUCAAGUAACGUGCCUUUAGCCCUCAUGUUACUGAUCCUUUCAGUUCAAUUAUCAAUCACUCCCACCUUCCGGAAGCUCGUUUCUUGUCACCUCCGACAACACGCUUCUGGGUUUUCCUUUCUGACCU